CUGUGGCAUUGAUGCAAAUCUUGUCAGCAUCGGAAAAGACGUUUCCAUCUUUUGUGAGAAAAAUUCUACAUCCCAAUGUGUUGGCAAUGAUACCAGAACAUGGAUGGGAGGGCACAAACUGAAUAGUCCUGACUUGUUUAUAUCACAAGGAUUCCGAUCUGAAAAUGCAUCAAGAUUCACUGAAGAAGUACUGUCAUGCCAGAAAGUCCGGCUUGUUAUCUCGAACUUCUCAGAAAAUGAUAUGAAUCAACAGAUCUGCUGUACUUUGGGAUUUCAAGAGUGUCGAUUAAAUGUGUCUUUGUCGUCAGCAAAUUUUGAGUACCAUCCGAAGAUAAAUGAUAUAAAGAAAGAUUUAAACCUAUCAUCAACAGCUCUGACUCUGUCGAUAGAAAUAGAAAAGGUGUACCCGGUGCCCAAUUGCUCAAUCAUAUAUGGGGAGAAACAUUUAGAACAUCUUGCCACAGUGCGAAUCAAUCAAUCUGGUAUGUUUUACUCAGCAGCAAUAAAUUUGGAAUAUAAAUCCGUGAAGAAGAAAUGUCCCAUCACGGCAAACGUUAUAUGUCAAUUUGGUGGAACACGAAUAACAAUCAUAAGUUCUGAUUUCAACAACUGUACUAGCAAUUAUAUUCUUGAUGUAUUACAAUCCGAUAUGUUCAUCGUCCAACUUUGUUGCAUUAUGGUAAUGCUUUACUGUAUAUCGAUAGUACUUUGGAGCUUACGAAGAAAUUGGAAAGGCAUAAAGGAGACAUGUAAAGAUCUUCUUACAAGAGAACUGAAGGACAUGAGACGUCCAAAACUAGCAGUUGUGUCUGUUAUUGCAUCAGUUACCCUGUCUAUUCAAGCGAAAGUGAUAUCUAUGAAAAAGGUGCCACAGUUUGACAUUGAUGAGGAAGACACAAUAACUCCUGUUAGUCUUUGUUUGUCGUCAGCAGUACUGACUCCUGUUUCACUUGGGUUCAUAAGCAAUCCAAAAACUGUCAGCAUCCGGCAGGGAUUUAAAAAAGCAGGUGAAAAUCUGAUGAAAAGAAUACAGGGAUGGGGAUGUCAUAUUAAAAGCUGCAUGACUAACAAUAUGAACAAUGACAGAGAGGAUGUUGAAGCACCUACACCUGUUAAUGAAGAACAUAUCAUAAACAGAACAGAAUAUAAUGCAGAUUCAAACAAUGCAGAAAUCAGCAGUAUGUUGCCAGUGAGAGAAGAUGUAUAAACAAUUAUUUUAGCCUAUUUUGUAACAUACGUUUGGUUGUCUAUAUUUUGCUUGUUAAUACGAUCUCAUCUUUUGAUUUUGAUUUUUUUUGUUAAUUAUAUAUUCUUUACGUUAAGUUUUUGGUAAAUCUUGUAUUCAUAUUAUUCAUUUCUUUGUUUAUGUGAAUGUUUCAAAUUCUCUUGUUUGAGCAAUCGUGAUAAGUAGGUUAAAAGAGAAAAACUUGCAAUUUGUUUAGUGUUAUUUUUUAUACUUAUAUCAUUGUUGCAGUUGUUAUGUGUUUUCAUUGUGGACAUUGCAAAGUUAUAUUAGUAUUCAUUAAAGACACAAAACCUAACAAAAAUAUAUUGGGUCAAUAUGCGGUCUUACGAAAUACACGAAUAUCUUAACAGUGCGUCCAAAUAUGCCUUAACAUGUUCGACAGGGAUAUCAGAUAUAUAUAAGCAAUAUCAAUCCCCAUUCAAUUAGCUUUAAGAGAACGUGAAAUAAACGUGAGGACAGAUUAAGUGUUCGUUUUAAUGUAAACAAAUGCUUAGAUAUGAAUCUUAAACAAACUUACUACAUAUUGUUAAUGGAAAAAAAAUAUUUCUGUAAUAAUUCUUUUACGUUAUGCUCAUUUACGUUAUUUAAUAUGGUACUGUUUGACUACAUGAAUGAUUAGUUGAUCAGAGCAAAUGUACUGAAAUUUGAAUAAUUGUUUUUCCAACAUAGAAAGGAAAGAGAAUAUACGAUAAUGCAGGUUCUAAACAAGCAAAAACUAGACACAAUGUAAAACGUUAUAAAAACCAUAAUUCUGUCUUUUUCUACCUCAUUUUGUAUGUUAUGUUUAGUAGUGUAACAUGUAAAUGACGUUAUUUUUUCUUCAUUUUUGAAUUUCUUCAUAUUGACAUUUGACUUUUCCGUUGUAUUUCAUAUAUAUAUAUAUAUAUAUAUAUAUAUAUAUUUGAUUGAUAUGUAUUAGUGUGUUGAAUUUUUAUUGAUAAUAUGGUGCAUUACUAUGAUAUAACUGAGUAAACUUUUACCUUUAAUUCCCUAUUUAAAUAAAGUAUGAAUACUUGGAUUUUAUUGUGAAUCUUUAAACCAUUUGUUUUCCUAUCUAAAACGGUAUUUAUAUUGGCAUUAUGUUUUAUCUAUAAGCAAAAGUUGUUUAUGCUUUGUUAUUUAUAUAUUUUUAUCAUUAAUUUUCCUUAGAAAAUUUUAAUUGAUAUUACAAAAUGUAUCUAUUAUCAUUUUUUUUACGUUUAUAUUUCUUUCUGAUAAGGAGGGUAAUAACUACAAGAUCCCAUUUCUAAAGUAUUAUUUUCAUUAUGUUUUUUUUGUUAUUUGCAGUUGUAUUAAUUUAUUGUGAAAGUUUAAAAAAAAUGUAAAUAAAAUUAAUACAACUUC